AUGAUGAUGAUUCCAUAUCUACGCAAAAAAAGGUUCUAUAAAUUAACAGCCAAAUCUCCCUUGUCCCAUCAGGACUAUGAUGAGCCCAAUUUGGAAGAGCAUGACAUCGCUAGAUCUCGCAAUGAUAACAUCCAAUACGUUCCGUUUGAUGAAUUUACGGAUUUCUCAAGUUCCAGCUCAGAUCUUGCUCAGCUUGACACGCUUCUUUCGGCCUCCAAGGGCCUAGAUUUCGAAACACCACAGGAGUUUUCUUCCUCCGAGAACAGUACACCCCCACAAUUACGGUGGGUCGAUGAAUCCAAGGAUUACUUCGCCAAGUCGAAGCCCGAACCCAGGAUGCCUGUCUCCAAUGACGACAUCGAUAAAGUUCGGAAAAGACUAAGUAAACGGAAACAUCGUCCUCUCGAGUUGAAACCUGACCAGGUGCCAAAGUCCGACAAACGUAUGAGGAAUACGCUAGCGGCACGUAGGUACCGGGAGCGUCAGAGGAAGGAUGUUGAGGUUCUCGACUCUCGCAUCAAGCAGAUGGAAGAGGAGCUCAACAAAGCCAAACUCGAAGCAAUGUGGUGGAAAAUGGAAUCUAAGCGCUGGAAGGAAGAAGUCGACAAGUUGUGCAAGAAACUGUAG